GUCGCGUGAGCGUGUCGCGCGCGCAGUUGCACAGUCGUCGCACGUUGCCGUGGACCCGAUCCGGUUCAUCCCGCUUCGUCUCUACACACACGCGCCGACACAACAGACGGAACUGGACGGAAUACUCAAUGUAAUUUCUCCCGUCGUGCCAGACUUCCCACCUCGGAUGGUUUUUAGUGUGGCUGGUGGCGGGGUCUAGUGCGCAACUUGAGACGUUAGAGGACGCCCGCGCCGACACGGGAGCAGAGGAGGGGGACUCCGGCUGAGAUCGAGGAGAAACAUGUGAAGAACUUUGAAGCUUCAACCUGCAAGUGAGCCUUUAAGAACGCUAAGGCCAAGGUAUCCUUCUUCCCGCUCCUCAUCCAUCCUCUCUGCUUCCACUGCUGUUGCCUUGCAGGCCCAAUAAGUCAUGGAGGGCCUACACAGGACUUUAUCACCUGGGCCUAAAGUAAGAGCUAUUGCUGCUUUACUAGGCUGUUGGUUCUUAGCUAUCCCUAGCUUGUGCAGUGGCCAAACAUUCACUAGUUUCCACCCUGAACAUCGAGAGUGGUCUUUCAAUCACCUGACUGUCCACCAAGCCACAGGAGCAUUGUAUAUUGGAGCUGUCAAUCGAGUGUACAAGCUGUCGGGCAACCUCACCCUCCUGGUUUCCCAUGACACGGGCCCAGAGGACGACAACAAGGCCUGCUAUCCUCCUCUGAUUGUCCAGCCCUGCUCUGAGCCCCUGGUGUCUACAAACAAUGUGAACAAGCUUCUUCUCAUUGAUUACUCCCAGAAUCGGCUGCUGGCCUGUGGCAGUCUCUAUCAGGGUGUUUGUAAACUCCUCAGACUGGAUGACCUUUUUAUCCUAGUGGAGCCCUCCCAUAAGAAAGAGCACUACCUCUCCAGUGUCAAUCAGACUGGGACCAUGUAUGGAGUCAUUGUCCCCUCACAGGGCCAGGAUGGGACGUUAUUUAUAGGCACAGCUGUAGAUGGCAAACAGGACUACUUUCCCACCAUCUCCAGUCGAAAGCUGCCCCGUGACCCAGAGUCUUCCGCCAUGCUUGACUACGAGUUGCACACGGACUUUGUCUCCUCCCUCAUCAAGAUACCGUCGGACACGCUGGCGUUGGUGUCCCACUUUGACAUCUACUAUGUAUACGGCUUUGCCAGCGGCAGCUUUGUUUACUUCCUGACCGUCCAGCCUGAGACACCGGACAACAGUAUGUCGUCUGGCGGCUCCACCAGUGACCUCUUCUACACCUCACGCAUUGUCCGCCUCUGCAAGGAUGACCGCAAGUUUCACUCUUAUGUGUCGCUCCCUGUGGGCUGUGUGAAAAAUGGUGUGGAAUACCGGCUGCUGCAGGCCGCCUACCUUGGCAAGCCAGGCCGUGUCCUUGCGGCAUCGCUCAACAUCACUGCUCAGGACGAUGUGCUGUUUACCAUCUUCUCCAAGGGCCAGAAGCAGUUCCACCGGCCCCCAGACGACUCGGCACUCUGCGUCUUCACCAUCAGAGACAUCAACGCCCGCAUCAAGGAGCGGCUGCAGUCCUGCUAUCAGGGGGAAGGCAACCUGGAACUCAACUGGCUGCUGGGGAAGGACGUGCAGUGCACCAAAGCACCGGUGCCUAUAGAUGACUCCUUCUGUGGUUUGGACAUCAACCAGCCCCUUGGCGGUUCCCAGCUGGUGACCGGGCACACUCUCUACACAGAGACCCGCGACCGCAUGACCUCUGUCACCUCCUAUGUCUACAACGGGUACUGUGUCGCCUUCGUGGGCACCAAGAGUGGACGCCUGAAGAAGAUUGCUGCGGCUCAGCGCGACGUGUCCGGGCUCCUUGGCGGAUUUCAGGGUCUGGGGGCUUGGUCGGGACCGGGAAGGCGGCGUAGCUCAAAUGACCGGGGGCCUGCUCCCCUCCGGGAUGCUGGUGUGAAAGGGGAUCGGCCCGGUGUUUGGGCUGCACCACGCCGGCAGCGCUGUCCUCCCCAACCCUGCCCAGCCCUGCCCAGCCCAGCCCUGCCCAGCCCUGCCCAGCCCAGCCCUGCCCUGCCCUGCCCUGCCCAGCCCUGCCCAGCCCAGCCCUGCCCUGCCCUGCCCAGCCCUUCCCUGCUCAGCCCUGCCCAGCCCUGCCCAGCCCUGCCCUGCCCUGCCCAGCCCUGCCCUGCCCAGCCCUGCCCUGCCCUGGCCUGUAGCGGCGCUCUGCAGCAGAGGGCCAACCGUCGACGGCGUGACAUUUUAUUUCCACCUUCACUACCUCAUUAG